AAGGCGUCUACUGAUGAAGUCAGUUAGUUAUGGUUCGAUGAAAAAAUGCAUUGUACACCGUUUCGUUCACAAUAAAUUAUUAUCGCCUAGUGAUGAAUUUAUAGCGGCAUAUUUAAAAAUGUGUAAGCAUAUAGAAGAUACAUGUUUCUGGGAAGAUUGUAUAAAUUUUAUGGAUCAUUGAGUGCACAUGUAUGAUUAUGACAUACAUAUAUAAUAUAUAGUGCUGUUGUUAUCACUGUGUAGUUAGUUCUGUAUAUAUUAAAAAUAUUUUUAAAAUUUUGAUAUUUAAUAAAGUAUUUUUUAACUAAUUCCUAAGUAUAUAUAUAUACUUGGGUUCUAUAUAUAGUAUUUAUUCAUCAAUUGUUAAAUAAUCAUCAAUUAUCAAAAAUGAGUCAAAUGUCCAGAGAAGAAAUUAAUAUCAGACGACUUUUAACAAGAUGUGAAUUGAUGGCAAAAGAUGAUCCUCAUAAGGAUUGGAAACUUGAAAAGUAUAUCCUUACUUUGAAUGAUAUGGUUAAACAGUUACAAACAUUACCAAGCAAACCAUCUAAAGAUAUUAUGAUGGGUUACAUUAAACGAAUAGAUUUUCUAAAGGGAUUAGUAAAUACAACUAAACUUGCAAAUCCAGUGGACAGAGUUGCAGCUGUACAAAUGUUACCAAAAAGUUCUACAGCAUUUACUGACUCAAUAGGUCCAAAUAUAACAACUCAAAUACAUCAAAAAACUUCAGCAAAAUAUAAUAGAGAAAUGCGUGCUGAAUUAUUUCAUAGUGAUAAAGGAACACUAGAAGAUGGUAUAAGACAAAGAUUAGCUAGUACAAACAUACAAGAUGAUGAUUUGGAUGCAUUUUUAAAAUACAAUAGAAAUAUUCAAGAAAAAAUUGCUGAAAAUAUGCUUUCAAUGACUAGCAGCAUGAAAGAACAUGCUUUAGCAGCAAAUGCCAUUAUAAAAAAAGAUAUUGGUUUACUUGAAAAAUCUGAUAAAUUAACAGAUGUUAAUACAGCUAAAUUAAAAACAGAAUCAUUAAAAUUGCAAGAACAUACACAAUCACAUUGGAGGUGUUGGAUGUGGGUGAUGAUUGCAUUUGUUUUAGUUGUAUUUUUUAAUAUGGUAUUAUUCAUAAAAGUUGCAAAAAAUUUAAAACAGAAAACAUACAAAUGUAUUUUUGGAUACGACAAAGUAUUAAUGACAAUGGAGUAUAACUAUCACGAAGGACUACAUCUUCUAAAUCAACAAUCUCCUUACGAAAUGGUUCCAAAGCUUGAUCCAUUCCUUCACAAAAGGCUUUAUGUAGAUUUAGUUAUGGAUACUUCGAAAGAUGCAUUAACAUGUCGUUUAUGUGGUGUAAAUCUUACAGAAGGAAAGCAUGAAAGUAUCUUUGAAGGUUCAACAGAUUUAAUACAUAAAAUAAAGGAAACAUUACCCAUAACAAUAUCUAUUGAUGAUAGUGGCUCAAAGUAUGUAUGUUUAUCAUGUUAUGACAAAAUCAUUUUUUACUACAAAUUUAUUCAAGAGGUAUUAGAGUAUUCUAAAAGAUUGGAAAAGACAUCGCAAAUAAAAUCUUUUUUUAAUCUUUCUAAAGAAGUAACAGACUUCUCUCAGAUACAUAGUGAUGCUGUGUAUACAUGUCCAAACUGUAAUGUAGAUUUAAUGAUUUUAUUAGUUAGUAAUUCUCAAAGCUGUGAUUACACCUUCCAAAUCUCAUUAGCUAUGGUAAACCAUUCUGAAAAAAAACAUAUUGCAAAAGAAAAGUAUAUAAACAUACAUAAAGAUAUAGUACAUUUUAAUAAUGUUAAAAAUAAUAUACAUAUAAAACAAGGAAACAAAACAAUAAUUGAUGAAGGUAUUGAAAAUACUCCUAAUGAAGUAAGUUUAACAUUACCUGUUUUACAAGAAGAAAGUUUAAACUGUAUUAAUGAAUUAUCUGGCAAAGAAAACUUAAAAAUUGAGGUAGAGAAAGAAUUAAAAAAAAAUUUUAAAGAAACAUCGCAUGUAUCUAGUAAUUUACUUGAUUGUGAUUAUGAUUCUACAGAUCCAUUAGUGAAAAAUGAACCUGAAAGUGAUAAUACUUAUUGGAUAGAUAGUGAGACUGACUACAAAAGUGAGAAAGAUACAUGUGUAACUAAAUCGCAAGCCAUGUUUGAAAAAGAUGAUAUACAAGAUGAAAAUGAUAUAUAUAAAUCUUGUUUAAAGUAUGUAUGUAGAUUAUGUGGAACCCGUUAUCUUUCACAUUUAAAAUAUGAAUUUCACAUGGAAAGGCAUAAAUUAGGUAAAAUAGAUAAAUAUGAAUGUACUCUAUGUGAUAAAGAAACAAGUAAUGAAAAUUUAUUAUGGGAUCAUUAUUUCCACACACACAAAAGUUUAAAACGUUAUAUUUGUAUAGAAUGUGGCAAAUUAUUUACAAAACGAUCUAGACUAAAUGGGCAUCAAAAAAAUUAUAAACAUUCUGGUGUGAAACAAAUACAAGUUGGUACUAGUGAAGAUACUAUCAGUGAAGAUAUCAUACAAAAAGCUAUAGCAACAACAAAACAGGAAAAAGUAUCUAUAAAUUGUAAUCUUUGUGGCAAAUUGAUCUCAGAUUUAGAUCCGGAUGCUAUUAAUGACUUAGUUACAUGUGUUACUUGUGAAGAUUCUACACUUUCUUUGAUGAUAGAUGGAAAUGAGACAAAAGUCAUUUCGCCGCGUCAAUAUCAUUGUUCUAAAUGUCCUAAACAUUUCGUAAGAAAAGAAAGAUUAGAAUUUCAUGAAAUGAGACAUAAUGAAAAUAUGAAUGAAUUUAUCUGUAGCACUUGUGGAAAAGAAUUUAGAGCAGAAAAUUCUUUAUAUGAACAUUAUCUUUUUGUUCAUAAAGGAGCAAGACCUCACAUUUGUGAAUUAUGUGGCAAGUCAUUUCAGUUGAAAGCUAGAUUAAAAGAACAUCAUCGAAUUCAUACAGGAGAAAGGCCGUAUCAAUGUGAUAUCUGUGGUCAACGAUGUAGAACUACAAAUGCUUUAAAACUUCACAGAAAAAUUCAUUUUUCUUAUAAUAGAUAUAUUUGUAAUAUAUGUAAUAAAUCAUUUAGUAAAAAGCAGAAUAUGAAUGAACAUUUAGAAAAGCAUUGGAAAAAUGAUAAAAGUGUGACAUUACCACAAUUAUUUACAUGUCCAAUUUGUAUAGAAGAUUUUCCGACAUAUCGCAUGUUAAAAUAUCAUAUGGUAGAAGAUCAUGAAAUAAAUAAUCAGGAUCCAAUUUUAACAAAACAAAAACCAUGGUACGAAUGUGCAGAAUGUCAUGAGAAAUUUAAACAUCAGAUGUCUUUAAAAGCACAUAAAGAGAGAAUACAUGAGGGAAGAGUAAAUCCUAUUUAUCAGUGUGACAUAUGCAAUGCUACAUAUAGAGUAAAACAACUUUUAGUAAAUCACAUUAAAAGUAAACAUAAUGGUGAAAGACGUUAUAAAUGUGCACAGUGUGAAAAAGGAUUUAAUGACACUAAAUCUUUAUAUAAUCAUGUAUUAUUACACACUGGAAAAAAACCAUUUGUCUGUGAAUAUUGUAACACGAGUUUCAGAAGAAAAGAUUCCCGAGAUCAUCAUCGCAGAAAACAUACUGGUGAACAACCUUAUCAAUGUCCGGAUUGUGGGGAGUCCUUUUCUACUUACAAUAAUCGAUCUAAACAUCGAAAAAGAGAACAUGGAGAAGGAGAUCCUGAAUGCCCAGAAUGUGGAGAAAAAUGUAACAAUCAACAAGAAAUUAGAAUACAUUUAAAUAAACAUUUGGGAGAAAAAUUAAAAAAAUUACAAAAUAUAGAAUCUGAGAAGAUAUAAUUUAUAUAUUAUAUUGUCUUUAAAAAAAUACAGCGCUCCUUUAAUUAUGCAAUUAGUUUAAACU